AUGGCACUUGUACCCAAUUCGCACAUGCGCUGGUUCCGUGCCACAUUAGCUCUGAACCGUGUAUAUAUUCUAUCGGCACGCAAUGUCUCGAAUCUAUCACUUGAUACUGAGCGGGCACUUAUCAUCAUUCCUUCAAGGAAAGCGAGAAGAAGCACCGCGAAGGCUUCCCUACAGCCCUUAUUAUUGGAUAGGAUCGUUUUAAGGGAUCUAGAAAUGUUUCGACUAUUACGAUACGACACACACUGCGCAGUACAAGCGGAGCUGAUUACAAUCACUGGCUUCGAUUUUAAAUCUCCUCUUUUGACGACCUUAUUUUUUGGGAGAUGUAGACCUCGAUUGCCCCUUCAGUGGAACCUUCAGCAUUGUGCCAGCUUGGCUGUCACGGCUGGGAAGUACCUCCAAUUAACAGGCAUCAGCAUCUUUGCGCAGCCCAUCACAGGGAGAGAUGAAAAUGAAGUGUACGGAACGCUGAGUAAAGAUACGAUAAACCUUUGGUAUUUAGAAAAUUGCACCUUUGGAAGAAGCUUUGAAGCAAGAAACAAGCCUCUGGGCAAAGUUAUGUUGUUAAAUAAAGGUUGGGCGAUUUCCUUGGAGCCACAGUUGAAAACCGUGAAAGUUGAAGCCGCCUGA